GUGACAGUGAGAUAAUGUAAGAAAUACAAUCUACACGUGGUGGAACGAAUAUAUUUUAGAGUUUUUAUCUUCACGUCAACAUUUACUGACAUAACUCACAAAUGUUUUUCUUUAUAUAAACAUUAAAACUUGAUUGUGGCUCCUGAGGAAACGGUCCUCUGUCAGUCACAACGUCGGAGACGAUGUCUGUUUAGCGAAGGAAUUGUUUAAAAAGGUUUCCCAAUGACGACAACCUGUUAAUUUAGUUCCCAUUCAUCAUCAACCGCUGCAUAUUUCAGAGGUAGAUACUACUGACAGACAAGUUUUCAUAGUCAGUAGUCGAGUUUCUGGGCGACCAGCCAGACCGGCCGGCCAGCCAGCCAGCCAGCCAGUAUAUUUUACUGACACGCUCAGGAAUGUGGUGUAAAUAAACUUCUAGAUUUGCUUUACCUCUUUUCUUUUUUUUUUACGCAACUAAUUACGGUCGACCGCCGGAUUCGAACCGUGGAACAGCGCGUCGAAAAAGAGAGGAAGGGAGGAAACAUUGGGAUCUGAAGAUAGGAGAAGAAAAAGAAAAAGAAAGACAGGCACCUGACUGAGUGGGUCACCUCCUGGGGUUUAUUUUACCUAAAUCUAUCGAAUUUGUAUGUAAUUAGUCGCUAUUUUAAGAAGCAAGUAGUUUGCUGUUAAUAACACACUACCCUCAUAGUCUACGAUGUCUUUAUUUCAGCUUCAGGUUUAACCUGUUGAUGCAUCUGAAAGAGAGAGAAAGAAAUGUUUGGUGAGUAUAUUAAGUUCAUGAUUGCCAUUGCACACACAACUGUUGCAAGUUAGAGCAGAAGGGAGAGAUUCAAGUGUUUAGACUAUGAGAACAACGAAAUGACUGUGACACGAGGAGGAUGUUAUUUUCUCUUUCUUGUUAAAAUGAAAGGCAGAAAAAUGUAGAGAAAUUAUGGCAAAAGACUUCUAAGUAUUGUAAAUAGGUUGGGUUUUUUUUUUUUCAUAACUUUUUAUUUGAACAAAUGUCUUAACUUUUCUUUCCUUGGCUGUCUUCGUUUAAUCCAUCUACAAACAUACUGCGACCACCUGUUUACGAGGAUAUAUCACAGGAAGAGGAAUAUAUAACAGCUGCAGGGAAAUGCCACAGGUGGAGGAAUAAUACAACAUAUACCACAGCGACAGUAAUAUAGAAGAGGUAGAGGAAUGUACGACAUGUAGAAGGAUAUAUCACAGGUGCAGAAGUAUAUCACACAGGUAGAAGAACGUAUGACACAGCGACAGACACACGGACGACAAGUUUAUGUUUAAAAAAAUAUUACAAACAGUGAAAAGAAAUUCAAGUUUCUCUCCACCGAAAGAAAAGCAAAACUCUGGUCAGACCUAAAAAAAAAAGAUAGCAUCACGGUUUAAAAAGCAACUUCGUCGCCGUGCUCUGUUAUAUUUGCGCAGAGAAAGCAGCCAGUUGGUCGGUCGGUCGGUCGGUCGGUCCAUUAAAUCCAUUUACAAUCUGCUGCUGCUUCAUUUCAUUGCUCAGUCCUGAGACAAUAUGAGUGGGAUUUUUAUAUAAGCUCUUGACAAACGAUGUAAACAGUUUAAUGAAUCGGGGCCCCGGAAAAGCAAAGUUUCAGUGAAACUGUGUCCCCACAUUGUCCAGUAUGGUCAUCCUGUAUACACCGAGAAGAAUUAUUUAACAGACAACACACACACACACACUGUCGAUAUUUCGAACAGAAAGGAUUAUUAUUUAUUUAAUAUUUAUAGACAUAUUUCUAUCAUGGGAUCUAUUUUCCACGGACUUUUACGUUUGGUGGAGUUUACCGGCUUGGUCAACGUGUUGAUGUGGUCCUUCGCACCUGUACAAGGAACUGAAUUUUGCUCCGUCCACAUCAGAGCCCAGACAUUUGCCUGCAAUAAUGGGAGUGUGAUGUUCAUUGAAAAGUUAAAUGCCUUAAUGGACAGUGAUUGGAAAUGUCUUCACGAUCUCAAGUUUUAUUGCAAUAAAUACCGAAAGUGUAACAUGCCACGUUCUUGUCAGAAUGCAUCAAUAGAUGCCAGAAUACUUUAUGGCUGCAUUCCAGAUGUUAAGAGUGAAAAAGAACAUGUCUGUUCAGGCAAGACAAAUUCCAGAGAUUUAGAAGACCAAAUCUUCCUUGUUACACCACCUAAUAUGAAAACUACUACAAGAUGUAAUUGGAGGUUGAAGACUCUCACCAAUGGAGUAUUGAUACUGUAUGUCCUCAAUGCCUCUGACACCAGUCUUUUAACAAUUCAUCAUCUUAAUUCUAAUAAACAAAAACAGUUACAUCGAGCUUUUGUCAUCAAUGUCACAGCAAAUGAAGCAAUAGACCUAACUAUCAAUCCUAUGUCACCGACUUGGUUAGUAGCAAAAUUGAUUCAUCAGAGUGUGAAGGAUGUCAGCCUUCAAGAUUUUAUUUCCUGUCCAGUUUCUGACAAACCUAAAAAAGUUAGAAGCCUUGCAGAAAUUUGUCUUGCAACUUUAGCAGGCUAUAAAAUCGCUGUAAUUGUGUUAUGUUGUGCUGUCCUCAUCUUGUUGGCCAUCUUGUCAAUAAUAAUCCAUUGUUACUGUAAGAAAAUCAAGUCUACACAAAGAUCUCGAGACAUGACAGGGAAUCGGCCAACAUCAACUGUGAUUCCAUAUCAGACGACCCUGAUUAAUGGCUCCAAGAAGAACAAGUUAAAUCAAUUAAACCACAACGUGUCAUCACCCAAUCAUUUCAGAAAAGACAAACACCUGUACGACCACUUAAACCGUUACGACUCAUCCUAUGCUGUGCGAUUUGACCCCAACAAGUCAAAGCAGAACUGGAAAAGAUCUUAUGAUGAUUCUGACUCCGAUUCGACCUAUGCCACUGUUGGCGAGAACUCGUAGAAACUAUCAAAUACAAAUUCUUUAAAACUUGCUUUGCUGCAUUCUGUUUGUUAAUCAAGAUUCAGGUGUCUCGUCAGUGGAGUUUUAUAUUUAUUAGGUCUCUGCUCCUCACCAAACUCUGCCAUCAUUCUGUGAUUAAUGAUAAUGUUCCAGAAUUCCAUUUAAAUAUCUUUCUGACACACCA